GCGCGGCAGGUAUAUAAGAGGGUUCUCGUGCCACCCACGCUGACAGUUCAGUCUCCUGAUACCCACUAUGGCGUCUUUCUGAGGGUCCUGUUGUUCCUCGCUGUCGUCGGAGCGUCCUUCGCUGCGCUUCAGAGAGGCAAAGCAAUCCUUCAUCCUGACUACCCUGGCAGGUGCUUCGUCCCCAGCAUCGGUGCCGCCUUUCCUCCGGGUUCCUCGUGGCCGGUGGCCGAGAGGUGCGCGCAAAGGACCUGCUUUGAACAAGACGGAGAUCUUUACUUCGAGGAAGUUGGCUGCGGCGUGCCCAUCCCGUCCAACAGCUGCAGAGUUGUGUCUGACGCCUCACAGCCUCAUCCGCGAUGCUGCCCGAGGCUGGUCUGCAACUGAACGAAGCCCGAAAGAGUUGAACAAAAAUAAUGUUAAUAUGAUCAAGUAAUGUUUAUUGAUUUUUUUUUUUUUUUUUUUUUGGGGGGGGGGGAUUUUUCUUGAUGUUUCGUUUCUAUUUCUGUAUUUGUUAAGUGGUGUUAGAAAGUCUAAUAAAAGUAUGAUCAAGGUGUUCCAUGUACUGUUUUAUGAAAUGUUUGUUUUCUUUGACUCUAGACAUUUUUUUCUGAUUUGUUAAAUAUAGUUUUGGCUUGCCAAUUAA